CUCCUCAGUCCCCUGAGACCAUUCCUCUUUUUCUUUCACUCACGAACUCUCCAUUGACGGUCAUAUUCUCCUACUUAUUCUCCAGUUCUUCACGAUGCGGCUCUUGCACGUCCUGCCCACGCUCCUCAGCCUUGCCUCUCUGGCAUCGCUCGUCUCGGCAGCUGCCGUCAAAUCAAGUUCUACGACGUGCCCCAAGCCUACGACUUGUCCUGUGUCUACCACUAUUGUCACAAAAACGACAUCCGGGAAGAAUGCGGUGACAAAGACGAUAACUGUUCACCAAACUGUUACGGCUUCUGCGUCCCCGACAACUACGACAAUAACGGCCACUACAGACUUGGAUUAUUCCGCAGCCGCUUAUGUAACGACGACCUUUACUCUGACCGUGACCCCUACUACUACGGUCACUAGCUACUCCAACGCCGCGUCCACACCCCCACCGGAGAAGAGAGACGUGCAUCGUCGUGCGACCAAAUGUCCGGCGGUGAAGGCUUGCACCACCUCUGUGUCUACCUUUACAACGACCUUUACUAGCGCCAAAGCUACCUCAACUGUUACCGUGAUAUCUAAGAAAACCAUUACGACCACCCCAACCGUCACGGCCACAGCUACUAUCACAUCAAGCUCCGUUACUACAGUGGAAAUGACCAGCACGAUUACCAGCACUGCGACCGCUUCAACGACCACGUCAACCGCAACCGUUACCUAUUCAUCGUUUUACAUCACUGCGAGCGACAGCGCCGUUGUCUCAGACGGCACUACGCUAGAAGACCAGUAUUCCUCGUCCACCGCCGAAGGCACAAGUGUCUUCAACGGCGGCGGCACCGUACUCGCUCUCUACGGGGGUACACUGUAUGACACGGAGCAUGAUGCGUUGGCAUCAUACGAUUUCGCUGAGCCGACAGAUCUGGUCUUUCUGGGGGAGGUGAAAGCCCGCGAGACCAGCCAAUGCCUGUGCCAAAUCGACUCCUUCACCCUGGUACUCAGUUGCAAUUGUAAUGGCAACUCCGUCUUCCAAACCGACUCGAAUGGCGAGGUGCAUCUCGAUACUCAAGUGGACAGUGGCAACUAUGCGAUCACGCCAGUGAUCCAGCCUAUCUUGGACUGAUCUGGUUGGAGCUUUCGCAAGGUCGAGCGUCCACGCGGAGUAGGAGAGGUCGGGCGUAAAAAGCGAGCGAGGUCACGAGGAGAUGGGCAGCUUGAGCAUGUACAUAGGACGAGCUUGUACAGGCGUGCGCUGCUAUGUAUCUUGCCGAUUUCUUCCGAAAGUGUACCACAACAUCCCAAGUUGCAGUCCGUACACAACUAAAAAGACAUGUGGACCGACGUUUGGACGUCUCGCGGAGCCAUCGAUGCACCUGCACACAUCUCU